CCUUUCUAAAACAAUUCUCAAUUCUUAUUGGCUGUUCUAGACGUCGAUCAUCCAGUGCGUCAAACUGGAAAAAAUAAGAUUGGUUUCACAUGCAAACUGUCAAAGAGUGAAGGAAGCGAGCUGAUGGCAGCGGUGCAAACCGUCCACCCAAACCGACUGUUGGUCUUGAGCACAAAUGGAGGAAAGGACUGUCUUCAGAUAACUGGAUCUUCAACUUGUUGCUGAAGACUCCUGAGAAACCCAAGCCAGUCAUUUAAGAUGUGAAUUUGCUGAAUGAAGAAUGAGAAACUUGAGUAACGUCAUUGCAGAGCGCUGGGCAGCACCAUAAUUUCUCACAUAACGUUUUAUGUUCAAGCGCUCCUCAUUCAGUCUCAUCUUGUUCUGCGUCACACGCCUCCCUCUACCUGCUCUGCAGUGUAGCCCAGGCAGAGUGGACUCGUCCCUCUCCCCUGGCCUCGUGCCCUCCCAUCGGCGGCCCGCUCCGGCGGUGUGUUGGUGUACGAUGGCGCGGUGGGACGCUGAGGGCUGCCGCGGGGGACUGUGAUGUCAGAGCCCAACAGCCCGGGCGAGAGCCGGCGUGGCGCUCCCAGAUUCUUCGUGGGCUGCGAGGACGAUGAGAGCGAGGUCCUGGAAGACAGCAUAAGGACAGACAUGGAGCUGUAUGAGGACGACGAAGACACAGACUCGCCCCCGGAGCGACAGAUUGUGGUGGGAAUCUGUUGCAUGAUGAAGAAGUCCAAGUCCAAGCCAAUGACCCAGAUCCUGGAGAGGCUGUGCAGGUUCGAGUACAUCACUGUGGUCAUCUUCCCAGAGGACGUCAUCCUCAACGAGCCCGUGGACAAAUGGCCUCUGUGCGACUGCCUCAUCUCCUUCCACUCCAAGGGAUUCCCACUGGAUAAGGCAGUGAGCUACGCCAAACUGAGAAACCCUCUGCACAUCAACGACCUGAACAUGCAGUACUACAUACAGGACAGGAGAGAGGUGUAUCGCAUCCUGCAGGAGGAAGGGAUUGAUCUACCACGCUAUGCUGUGCUCAACCGUGACCCUGAUAAACCUGAAGAGUGUAACCUGGUAGAAGGAGAGGACCAUGUGGAAGUGAACGGAGAGAUAUUCCAGAAGCCUUUUGUGGAGAAGCCUGUCUGUGCUGAGGACCACAACGUCUACAUCUACUAUCCCACCUCUGCUGGCGGUGGCAGCCAGCGACUCUUCAGAAAGAUUGGGAGUCGAAGCAGUGUUUACUCCCCAGAGAGCAGCGUGAGGAAGACGGGCUCCUACAUCUAUGAAGAGUUCAUGCCAACAGAUGGCACUGAUGUUAAGGUCUACACUGUGGGACCGGACUAUGCUCAUGCAGAGGCUCGAAAGUCUCCAGCUUUGGACGGGAAGGUAGAAAGAGACAGCGAGGGUAAAGAGGUCCGCUAUCCUGUCAUGCUCUCAGCUAUGGAGAAACUUGUGGCCCGUAAGGUGUGCCUGGCAUUCAAGCAAACUGUGUGUGGCUUUGACCUUCUGAGAGCCAACGGACACUCGUAUGUGUGUGACGUCAACGGUUUCAGUUUUGUGAAGAACUCAAUGAAGUACUAUGACGACUGUGCCAAGAUCCUCGGGAAUAUUGUGAUGCGUGAGCUGGCUCCUCAGUUUCAAAUUCCUUGGUCCAUCCCUACAGAAGCAGAAGACAUCCCCAUUGUUCCCACCACUUCAGGGACCAUGAUGGAGCUACGAUGUGUCAUCGCUGUCAUCCGACAUGGAGACAGAACGCCCAAACAGAAAAUGAAGAUGGAAGUUCGCAACCCGAUGUUCUUUGAUCUAUUUGAGAAAUAUGGAGGAUACAAAACUGGGAAACUAAAACUCAAGAAGCCAAAACAGCUGCAGGAGGUGCUGGACAUCACACGGCAGUUGUUAGCAGAUCUGGGGCAACACAAUGAUUGUGAGAUAGAAGAGAAGAAGUCCAAACUGGAGCAGCUGAAGACUGUUCUAGAAAUGUAUGGCCACUUCUCGGGGAUCAACAGAAAAGUGCAACUAACUUACCUGCCCCAUGGGCAGCCCAAAACCUCAAGUGAGGAAGAAGAUACACGUAAAGAAGGUCCGUCUCUGCUGCUGGUGCUGAAGUGGGGAGGAGAGCUGACUCCUGCUGGCAGAGUUCAGGCUGAGGAACUGGGACGGGCUUUUCGCUGUAUGUACCCUGGAGGACAAGGAGACUAUGCUGGUUUUCCAGGCUGUGGAUUAUUGCGGUUACACAGCACCUACAGACACGACCUGAAGAUAUAUGCGUCUGAUGAAGGCAGGGUGCAGAUGACGGCUGCAGCUUUUGCAAAGGGGCUGCUGGCUCUGGAGGGCGAGCUGACACCCAUCCUGGUGCAGAUGGUGAAAAGUGCCAACAUGAACGGGCUGCUGGACAACGACAGCGACUCGCUGAGCAGCUGCCAGCACCGCGUCAAAGCACGACUCCAUGAAAUCCUGCAGAAGGACAGAGAGUUCACCGACGAGGACUACGAUAGGUUGGCACCAACCUGUAGUGCCUCUUUGGUGAAUUCAAUGAAGAUAGUCGAGAACCCAGUGGCCACAUGUGACCAGGUCUACGCCCUCAUUCAGAGCCUCACCUCCCAGAUACGCAAAAGGAUGGAAGACCCCAAGUCUGCUGACCUGCAGCUGUACCACAGUGAGACUCUGGAGCUGAUGCUGCAGCGAUGGUCCAAACUAGAGAGAGACUUCCGCAUGAAGAACGGCCGUUAUGACAUCAGUAAAAUACCCGAUAUUUACGACUGCGUCAAGUACGAUGUCAUCCACAACGCUACACUCGGCCUGGAGGACACGCUGGAGCUGUUCAGACUCUCUCGAGCUUUGGCCGACAUCGUCAUCCCUCAGGAAUAUGGCAUAAAUAAAGUGGAGAAAUUGGACAUAGCAUACGCCUACUGCCUCCCUCUGGUCAGAAAAAUACAGCUUGACCUGCAGAGGACCCACGAGGACGAGUCUGUCAACAAGCUACACCCUCUGUACUCUCGAGGAGUGAUGUCUCCUGGGCGGCAUGUCAGGACACGUUUAUAUUUCACUAGUGAGAGUCACGUCCACUCUCUGCUCAGCAUUUUCCGCUACGGGGGCUUGCUCGAUGAGGAGAAGGACCAGCAGUGGAAACGUGCCAUGGAUUACCUCAGCGCUGUCUCUGAACUCAACUACAUGACUCAGAUUGUCAUCAUGCUUUAUGAGGACAACAAUAAGGACCUCACCUCUGAGGAACGCUUCCACGUAGAGCUUCACUUCAGUCCUGGUGUCAAAGGAGUCGAGGAGGAAGAGAACGCACCAACUGGCUUUGGUUUCAGGCCUGCUUCUGCAGAGGUUGCACGGCAGAACGGGCAAAAGCAGCCAGACCCUGGCAGCCUGGAGGACCUGUCACGAGAUGAAACUGACCGUGCCGUGCCGCUGUCUGAGCCAAUCACUAUUCAGAGGAGGUCCCCACUCAUCCGCAAUCAUAAGACUGGAUCCAUGGAGGUCCUGUCGGAAACAUCAUCCUCCAAAGUCGGCAGUUACCGCCUCUUCUCGUUCUGCUCGCGUCAGUCCCCUGAGAUGAAACAAAGUGGAUUAGGCUCUCAGUGCGCCGGCCUCUUCAGCACCACUGUCCUAGGUGGGUCCUCUAGCGCCCCUAAUCUGCAGGACUACGCACGCGCACAUCGCAAAAAAUUCUCCACCGGCAGUCUGUCCUACAAAGACGAGUUGUUGUCUAUGCCGGCAGUAAAACGAUUUUCUGUGUCGUUUGCAAAGCAUCCGACUAAUGGAACACAAGAUGACACUUCAGCUGUAGCAGUGACUCCAUCUCACUGGUGCACUGCGACAGAGCCCUUGGAGGAGCACCAUGUGGCCCAGUUGUUGAGGUGUUUCUCCACCGACCUCAGCCUGGGCCGCCACCUGUCUCUGGACCGGGCGCUGGCCCACCACCUCCACCAGUGCUCCUACCACCUCCGCCUCUUCCGAAACUGGCUCAUCUCCGGCCAGGACCCCCUAGAGUACCUCCACGGCUUCGAAGGCUGCUCCAUGGUGCCGUCCAUCUAUCCUCUGGAGACGCUGCACAACUCGCUGUCCCUGAAACAGGUCAACGAGUUCCUCACCGGCGUGUGCCAGAGCGCCGUGGAUCCUCACACCAGGACCACCAGAGCUCUGUCAGCCAUGUUCGACACGCACAACCAGCCGUCUGUAGACUCGUACAUCCCUCAGAGAGUCCUCUCUUCCUCCAUCUCCCUCAGAUCUCGUUCUGACAGACCUCCUUGGUACAGCAGCGGUCCAUCCAGCACAGUCUCCAGCGCUGGACCGUCCUCUCCCACCACGGCUGAUACGUCCCCACGGUUCAGCUUCAGCGAUAAGAUCUCUCUGACCCCUCAGAGCAGCGAGGAAACCCACUCCUCUCAGAACAUUGCAGCUCAGGCGGCGCCUCCUGCUGGGUCCCAAGGCCUCGACCUGACCUGCAGUGCUGGUUCAAAUCCCACCGAAGUCCCUCUGACUCCAAAGAACUCACCAGAGGACGAUCCUGAGCUCUACACUGCUGCCGAUCAUCGGUCUGACAAUCCCGAGGCCACGCUGGAAGGGCAGGACGUGAAUUCUGCAGCUAUGGAUCCUUCCAGCGGUGCAGUUUCAGACCUGAGGCCGCCCUGCUCUGCCUUAGCCGAACUCGCUCUGAGUCGGAUGGAGGGCUACUGCCUCCCCGGCUCUCUGCCGGUGCUGCUCGAGCUCAGAGAGAGCAGCAGCGAGGCAGGAUCCAGCUCCCAGACGCCCCAGUCUCCUGAGGGGCCCGACGAGUUCUUCGACACCCAGGAGUCCAUGGAGCUGUGGAUGGACAGUCCGGAAAGCCUCCCCCAUCCUGACACCCCUCUGGAGGUCGGAGCUUCUCACACAGCAGAGCAGUAAAGAGAGGAGAGCUUCAGAACAUCACAGACUGCUGCAAACAUCUCACAUUGUACGAGCUUGAUUCAAUAGUGUACAGAGCUACAGCCAACCAGGCCUCUUAUCAUCCUCCUCCUCCUCCUCCUCCUGCUCUUCCAUCUCCUCUGGGCAGCUGAUCCUUACACUUGGCUCUGUGUUGGACAAUCAUACGACAGUAUAUUUGUGCUGUUCAUUGCCUUUGAAAAUCUCACCAGUGACACCACUGAGCCUCCUGACAGUCCACUGGUUCAGCCCAUCUCUCUGUAAAACUGUAACGACAAACCGCAGGUUGUAAAGUGAAGCUUUAUUGUCGAGUUUAUUUAGUGAGUUACUGACAUUUAUAGACAUUUCCUUAAAGCUGCAUUAAUUGAUGGAGGCCACUAGGGAGCAGAAAACUCCAAAACAAACGCUGGUUAGAGCACAACUACACAGUCAUUAAGCUAAAACAGUGAGCUAAAUGAGGCUAGUGACUUGUGUGUAGACUUGUGUGUUUUCAGAUUUCAUAUAUUUAGCAGAUUUAUUGUGGCCAUAAAGAAAUCGAUUAAUGGAGCUUUAAAGGCUGUUGUGUUACAUCGUCUCCUCUUGGACAGCUGCAGUAGUGAAGUUUUAGUCUUUAUAGUACCUUCUGUCAUAUCGUCUGUCACAGUCAGGUGACAGAUUUUGUUGUAUUGUGGCAGCUGUGCUUCAUCGCUGCUACAUGAGCACAAGCUUUCCUGUUUUCUUUGUUUGUUACAGAAACUCAUAGACUCACUGCUUUUAUGAGAAACAGGACAUGACUGGCAGCACGAGACGGCAGUCAGAGAGAACAUAAUCAGCUGAUCUCAUGCUCGUCCGGUGCUGCAUGCUUAGAUCCUGCAUUUAAAAAGGUAAAGGACAGCAGCUGAAUCUUCAUUACUGCCAGUUAAAUGUAAAUGUUGGAUCUGCAGGUCAAACCAUGUGUGCACUGCUUACUGCCAAAGUCCUUAAGCCUCAUCGAAGAUUUAAUAUAAUCAGUAGGAAACUAUAGACAAAGUAAUAUUUAUUUUGAAAUCACAUUAAAAAAAAAAGAAGUCUGUAUUUUUACUACACACACAUCAGAUAUUUAAUUGUACCAUAGCUGUUGUGUAUAUUUUUUGUAAAAUCAGCAUCAAGAUGUGGGGAAAAAAAUCUAAAAGCUAAUCUCUUGUUUUAUCUCUGAACAAACCGGUGGGGCAUUUUACAGUCGACUUGCUUUCGUUGUGGCGAGCAGUUAUGUAGCAGGAGUGUGUAUGUGUGGGAGGGAGGUGCACACAUGCUCCAGAAGCUAUUCAGGUUGAUGCUGAUGUGCAAUUCUGUGUUAAAUCAGCGAGGUUUCAUGUUACACUGCAAUGUACUGUAGAGGUGAAAUACACGACUGACCUGUCUGUGUGUGUACAGAUAAAAAAGUGACACCAGUAUGAUUGUAUGUUGUCUUCUUGAGAUCAGUACCAUUGCUUCUUGCUUAAAGAGUAAAUUCAAAUAAAUUUCUUAGACUAGU